AUGGCUCUCGAACAUGGAAACCCCGCCGACCUCCUCCCUAUCCACUGGAAAUCUCAAAUCACAGCUUGGUUUGCCGAAGAUACCCCCUCCUUCGAUUAUGGCGGAUUUGUCGUCGGCGAUAGCGAACGAACUGCGACUUUAUAUGGGAAAUCGCGGGGAAUAUUAGCAGGUGUGCCAUUUUUCGACGAAGUAUUCGCACAAGCUGGAUGUUCGGUGAAAUGGCACAUGAAGGAGGGAACAUUAGUUGACCCAGGCGCAUCUGGAAAAGUAGCUGUAGCUACUGUGACCGGACCUGUACGAAAGCUAUUAUUAGGAGAGCGAGUCGCACUCAAUAUGUUGAGUCGCUGUUCGGGGAUUGCGACGAAGUCGAGGGAUAUGGAGGUUUUGGUUAGGAAGGCGGGGUAUAAGGGGAUACUGGCUGGAACGAGAAAAACUACACCGGGGUUUAGGUUGGUGGAGAAAUAUGGCAUGAUUGUUGGGGGUGUGGAUGGGCAUAGACAUGAUUUGUCUAGUAUGACUAUGUUGAAGGACAAUCAUAUUUGGGCUAGGGGGAGUAUUACUGAUGCGGUUAAGGCUGCGAAGGCAGCUGGUGGGUUUGCGUUGAAGAUUGAGGUGGAGGUUGAUAGUGAGGAGGGUGCUGAUGAAGCUAUUGAGGCUGGAGCGGAUAUCAUCAUGCUGGAUAAUUUCUCAGGGGAUGGAUUGAAGGUUGCUGCGAAGAGUCUGAGGCAAAGAUGGGCUGGGAAGAGGGGUUUCUUAUUGGAGUGUAGUGGUGGACUUACUUCUGAGAAUGUGGAAACAUAUAUUAAUAAUGAUAUCGAUAUUAUCUCUACGAGUUCAAUACAUCAGGGCGUACCUCAUGUCGAUUUUUCUUUAAAAAUCGACCAUUAA